AUGGAAUUAAACCUGAACACCAAAAAGAAUUUGAAAAAAAUCUUUUUCAACUCAACAAAUGUCUACAAAAAUACUCAUGAACGAACCAAACUAACUAAGAAAGAAAAAGAUAAUGUUUUUAAAAUGAUCAAAAUCAAAUUAGGUUGGGCUUAUUUCAAUCAAAUUGAUGGAAAAACAUCAACCAUUCAGAUAUCAUCAGAAAACUACAAUAUAUUGCUGGCUUUUCAAAAUUCCAUACGAACUACCACUAAUAUACCACCAUUUAGCAAACCAAACAAAAAGAGCUUUAAGCAACUAUUUCAACAUCAAACCAACAAACUUCCUGAUUCAUACAUAAAGGAAUUAAGGAAUGUAAGAGAAAAAUUAAGGGUAGAAUAUUUUUUCUCAGGCAAAUUACCAGACACAUAUUUUAAUUUUCCAAAACCAAGAGAACUUCUACCAUUUUCUCCAAAAGGUCUACCAAAUUACUUAGCACAAUACUUACCUUUCAACUCAAAUAGAACAGAAAAAACUCUUCGUGAGAUAGUGCAAGAACUAAGGGAAUAUUAUAUAUUCAAAAAAUUACCAAACAAUUAUUUUACUCCUAAACCAAGACUACCUAACUCACCAGAUAACACAAUUUUCAAUUAUAUAUUCCCAAUCACUGAACAAAAUACUGCCAAAGAAUUCAUUAAAGAAGCAAGAAGAAAAUAUGAGAUCAUAUUCCCUAUUAAUAAAAAAUGGAUAAAUGUUCCAAAAACAAACACUAAAAAUAAACCUUUUCUUCCUAAAAACAUCAAUGAACUGGAUGCACAAUUCAUUGUAGAUGAAGAAAUAAUUCUGCCUAUUACAAACAAAACUAAUAUAAGAAAUAUAGUAAUAAAACUAGGUAAAAAAUAUUUCUUCGAAAGAAUUCCUGAUGAGUGGAUAUCAAUAGAAAAAACAAAUGAUAAUAUUGAUACACCUGCUUUAGAAAUAUCAAACAUAGAAAGAAAACAACUACCUGAUCUAACAACAACAACACAAGAACUUGACAAAUACAAUAUAAAAAUUACAAUACCCAUCAUAGAUGACAAAAAAAUCCACCAAACAACUCAAACCCUUAAAAAACUUUACAUUUUCAAAUAUCUCCCAGAUGCAUUUAUUAAUCUUCCACCAAUCCCAAAUCCAGAUAAAACACCACCAUCAAAAAAAAAUAACAACAAGUCAAACCUCAUUGAAUUCCUAAUCGACAACAAUUACAUAGACACCCAAAAAUAUGCAUUUGACAAACACACUGAACACACAUGGCAAAGAAAUGCUAGCAGCAGUAGAAUUGACUUUAUUUGGGUAGAUAACAAUAUAUUUGAUAAAAUAACAAAAAUUAAUAAACCUUAUAUUCCCAACUACAAAACAGAUCAUAAAUGCCUAAGCAUAGAUUUAAACAUAAAAUUAAAAAUUGGAAGACAACAUCAAACAUAG